AUGCCUCUUGUAGUGCCGAAAUUUCCCCGGGUGAUCCUGGGGCUCAUGACCUUUGGUCCGGACGAAAAGGCGAUGGCCCGGAUAACAAGCCUUGACGAGUUCAAGCGGUGCCUGGACUGUUUCACGGCUAGGGGGUACAAUGAAGUCGACACUGCUCGGGUCUAUGUCGGCGGAAAGCAGGAAGCCUUCACGGCUCAGGCUGGCUGGAAAGAACGCGGCCUCAAGCUGGCGACUAAAUGGUACCCCAGGACUCCUGGCGCGCACAAGGGAGACCAGGUCCGGGCUAAGCUCGAGGAGUCCUUGAAGGAGCUGCAGACAGACUGUGUUGACAUUUUCUAUCUCCAUGCUGCGGAUCGGUCUGUGCCGUUUUCAGAAACCCUAGAGGCCGUCAAUGAGUUGCACAAGGAAGGGAAAUUUGUCCAGCUGGCAUUGAGCAACUAUACUGCCUUCGAGGUUGCGGAGAUUGUCACCAUGUGCAACGAGAGAGGAUGGGUGCGGCCGACAAUCUACCAAGCCAUGUACAAUGCCAUCACGCGAUCCAUUGAAGCUGAACUAAUACCCUGCUGCAAGCGAUAUGGAAUGGAUAUCGUCGUGUACAACCCGCUAGCUGGAGGAAUCCUGUCGGGUAAGUAUAAGACCGCAGAUAUCCCAGCGGAGGGUCGAUAUAGCAACGCCCACUCCGGAGGACAGCUCUAUCGGGGCCGAUAUUUCAAGGACUCUGUAUUCGAUGCGUUGAAGAUUAUCGAGCCUGUGGCAGAGAAGCACAAGCUGAGUCUGGUCGAGAUAGCGUUCCGCUGGAUAAUGCACCAUUCUGCUCUGAACAUUAAAGAUGGGAACGAUGGAAUCAUCAUCGGCGUGAGUAGCUAUGAGCAGCUUGAGAAGAACUUGGACGACCUGGAAAAAGGCCCGCUUCCGGAGGAAGUUGUUGCUGCGCUCGACGAGGCCUGGAUGGUUGCAAAGGCUACGACGGCUAAUUAUUGGCAUCUUGACUUGAAGUAUACAUAUGACACCCAGGCAGCGCUGUUUAAGCCUAGGUAG